AUGGUUAAUCCUUACUUCAUAAAUGGCAUCAUGUCAUUUUUACGUUCAUUUCCUGUUCCACAUCAACCCUCGCGUGGGCAAUAUGUUCCAGUAUUAAAAAGAUUAUACGAAACAAGUCCCCAGAAAGAUGAGUAUAAAACUCCGUCAUUAGCGAGUGGUUUACUAUUGAAAACAGAAUUGGAGAAUGUUUGUAAAGGACCGCUAAUUAAAACGCACUUUUCAGACUUGAGACCCAUCUCAGAAAUAUUACAUUUACGAUUUAUUGAUGAUUGGAUAAUAAAUAAUUCUCCCAAUACAUCGCCAUUAACUGAUACAAUCUAUGCGAGGGAAUUUUAUUGUACUAUUAGUCGCAUUGUACAACAUUUCUUUAGUCUCCAAGUGGCGGAACAAAAUAUUAAAAAAUUAAUUCAAUUUCUUAAUGAACUGGAAAUAUAUACCACAGCAGAAUUGAUUAAAGCAUUGGUAUUUAAUAAAAAUUCAAUAUUCAUCUCACUUGAAAAAUAUAUCGAAUAA